CCAGAAACAAAUCAAUCUUAAAGGGCACAAAUAAUAAUCAGCAUGUCCACUGUUGAUGCCGACGGGCUCACCCCCGAGCAGCUACAGUCUUUCAACGACAAUGGCUUCCUGGUAAUCCCCAACUACCUGUCCGCCGCCGAAGUGCAGUCCCUCCUCUCCACCACUCACUCCCUCCUCGACAGCUUCUCGCUUGACACCCACCCCAUGACGCGCUUCACCACGGGCGACGACGACGAGAAAACCAAACACGUUGGCGACGACUACUUCCUCUCGUCUGGCAACAAAAUCCACUUCUUCUUCGAGCCUGACGCUGUGGCCCCCCCAACCUCCUCCGAAGGCGCACCCCGCCUACUCAAACCCAAGAAUCUGGCCAUCAACAAAAUCGGACACGCCCUGCACUCUCUCUCCCCACCCUUCGCUGCCGUCACUAUUUCGGCUCGUAACGCCGCCAUCGCCAAGUCCCUGGGCUUUCGCGACCCGCGCUGUCUACAGAGCAUGGUGAUCUGCAAGCAGCCUGGGAUCGGCGGCUCGGUCCCGCCGCAUCGCGACUCAGAGUUCCUGUAUACCUCGCCGCCGUCGGCUGUGGGCUGGUGGAUUGCACUGCAGGAUGCGACGACGGGGAAUGCGGCGCUGGGGAUGGCGCGGGGGUCGCAUCGCGGCAGGAGGGGCGGGCAUAUUGUGCGCCGGUUUGUGAGGGCGGAGGGGGGGACAACGUUUAUUACGAAUGAUGGGCAGCAGUUGCCGAAGGGCCAGGAGGAGGAGAAGGAAAUGGAAGGGGGAGGUGAGGAGGGUGGGUUUGAGGUUCUAGAUGUCAAGGCCGGUGAUUUGGUGCUUAUUCAUGGGAAUGUGCUGCACGAGAGCCAGCGGAACACGAGCGAGAAGAGUCGCUAUGCGUAUACAUUCCAUGUCAUUGAGGGCGCUGAGGGCUGGACGUACGAUGAACGCAACUGGCUGCAGCCGCCAGCAGAAGGCUUCUCGCGGCUGAAUGAUGCGGUAGAGUAAACAAUAUUCAAUUGACAAUAAAGUCUAUAUACAUGUACAUACAUAACUAACACUCAAUGCAAAGGCUAAGGCAUUGAGUAAUACCUCUUCCCCG